AUUAUUACCCAAUAUAUAGGAUCAAGUUGAGAUUGGAUUAGCCUCAGAGUUGAGCAAUUUUGAAGAGGGGAAAAAAAAAACUGCAAACAAAAUGGCAAAAAAUCCACCAAAUCAUAUGCAGACAGUCUCGGGUUGGGCUGCCAUGGACUCAUCAGGAAAAAUCACCCCCUUUGUUUUCAAGAGAAGAGAGAAUGGAGUAGAUGAUGUGAGCAUAAAGAUAAUGUAUUGUGGGAUAUGCCAUACUGAUCUCCACCACAUCAAAAAUGCUUGGGGAAUCACCAUGUACCCUCUUGUGCCUGGGCACGAGAUCACCGGCAUAAUCACCAAAGUGGGCGAAAACGUAUCCAACUUCAAGGUAGGCGACCGGGUGGGUGUCGGAUGCAUCGCAGCAUCCUGUCUCGACUGUGAUUUUUGCAAGGACUCGCAGGAGAACUACUGCGAUAAGUUGCAAUUCACUUACAACAGCAUAUUUUGGGAUGGAAGCAUCACUUAUGGUGGCUACUCAAGGAUGCUAGUGGCCGAUAAGAGGUAUGUCAUCCAUAUACCUGAUAGCUUGCCAUUAGACAGCGCGGCUCCGCUGUUGUGCGCUGGGAUUACAGUGUUCUCUCCGAUGAAGCAACACAACAUGCUGCAAACAGCAGGAAAGAGGCUUGGGGUGGUCGGCCUUGGAGGGCUCGGUCAUAUAGCUGUUAAGUUCGGUAAAGCCUUUGGAUUGCAUGUCACCGUGAUUAGCACGUCACCUUCGAAAGAGAGGGAGGCAAGGGAGCGUCUUGGUGCCGAUGAUUUUAUUGUCAGUACUAAUUCCAAACAAAUGAAGGGUGCAAUGAGGAGCUUAGACUUCGUAGGCGCUCCGGAUCAACCCCUAGAUCUUCCUGCAUUUCCCCUAAUUUUCGGCAAAAGAGUGAUAACGGGAAGUAUAAUUGGGGGAAUCAAAGAGACUCAGGAGAUGAUGGAUUUGUGCGGGAAGCACAACAUAACUUGUGACAUAGAGAUCGUGAAGACGGAUAGCAUCAACGAGGCAUUGGAUAGGCUUGAGAAGAACGAUGUUCGAUACCGAUUUGUUAUUGAUAUUGCUGGGAGUUUAAGCCCUAGGAUGUAGAAGAUGACCAGUGCUAGUUCAAUGCUAAGCAGUUCUCGUCUUCUUUCCUUUAUUUAUGUUGUUCAAUUUUCUAGUCGACUGCAAUGUGACGGCAAUAAAACGAAUUUGAUUUGGAUAAUGAGUACUUUUGUUUUAAA